AUGAUGGUUGCUUUUACUCAAAAACAAAUACUUUUAGGUUCAGGUCUUAUAGUUGGUACAGCAAUAAUUGGUACAAGAAAUUUUUGGUGGAAUCAACGUAAAGUUUUAGAACCACCAUCAUCAACAAAACAAGGUAAUAGAAUUUUCCUACCUAUUAGAUUUGAAAAUGAAUUAGAAGAUUUAUUAAUUAUUAAAAGACCAUUAUUAUUAAAUUUCACUGUGAGAGGUGAUCCAUAUUGUAAUAAAGUUACUGGUGCAUUACAAAGAAUUAUAGCUUAUGAAACUGAUAAAAAAAUUAAUAUGGUUGAUAUUGAAACUGAUGAACCUGGUACAAGAGAUCUUUUACCAAGAUUUGGAGUAAGAAAUAUUCCAACUAUAGUUGCUGUUAAGAAAACUUUACCUGUUGAUCAAUAUGUUGAUCAAAAAUUAUUAGAAAAUCCAGAUGGUGAAAUUGAUUGGAUUAAAUUAAAAGAAUGGGUUGAAAAAAAUUCAGAUCCAAGUGAUAGUUAA